UUUAAAUAAAAGACUUUGCUUAUCUGGAACUUGAAGAGAGACGUGGAGCGAAAUGGCAAGUCCUCCGGCGACGGGAGGACACCUGUUAUCUAAUGGGACGAACGGUGUGAAGAAGUGCGGGUACCUGAGGAAGCAGAAACACGGACACAGGCGCUUCUUCGUGCUGCGGGAGCCGACGGAGCGCUGCCCUGCCCGGCUGGAGUAUUAUGAGAGCGAGAAGAAAUGGAGGAACAAGUCCGCCGCCAAACGGGUGAUAACUUUGGACUCGUGUCUGUGCGUAAACAAACGCGCCGACGCCAAACACAAGCACCUCAUCGCCCUCUACACCAAGGACGAGUACUUCGCGGUGGCUGCGGACAACGAGCAGGAGCAGGAGAGCUGGUUCGGGGUUUUGACUGAUUUGAUAGCCGAGGGGAAAGUGUACGACAGCCCCGCAUCCACCUCCUCUUUAGUGGGCUUUGAGGAAGCCAGCUACGGACUCAUUACUCCCGCAGCAGCUGCCUACAAGGAGGUAUGGCAGGUCAACUUGAAAUCCAAAGGCUUGGGUCAGAUCAAGAACCUCACUGGAGUGUACAGGCUGUGUCUGUCCAGCCGCACCAUCAGCUUUGUGAAACUGAACUCUGAGACAGCAGCUGUCAGUCUACAGCUCAUGAACAUCCGCAGGUGUGGACACUCAGACAGCUUCUUCUUCAUAGAGGUGGGCCGGUCAGCGGUGACCGGGCCCGGGGAGUUCUGGAUGCAGGCAGAGGACUCGGUGGUGGCGCAGAACAUCCACGAGACCAUCCUGGAGGCCAUGAAGGCCAUGAAGGAGCUGUCAGAGUUCAGGCCGCGGAGCAAGAGCCAGUCUGCCAGCACUAACCCCAUCUCUGUGCCCACGCGACGCAACCUCAACAACCUCCCCCCCAGCCAGACGGGCCUGGUGAGGAGAUCCAGGACAGACAGCAUGGCCGCCACAUCCCCGGGGAGGAAGUUCACGUCCUGCCGGAUUAGAACGGCCAGCGAGGGCGAUGGCAGCGUGACCCGGCCCGUGUCCAUGUCCAUAUCUGUGAAUGGGAGUCCCACCAGCCCCAGCUGUGGCAAUCACCUCAGCAGGUCUCACACCCUCAGCAGCGGGCGCACCUGCAGGAUGCUGGAGUCCUCCUCCAACCUGCACCACAGCAGGUCCAUGCCGGUGUCCAACUCCCCUCCAGCCGCUUCCAGCCCCAUCAGCAUGUCUCCCAGAGGGGGGGCUGGUAUCUCCACUCCGGACAAAGCCAGGCGGCCUUUCAGCUGCAGCGCCUCCAUCUCCGGCUCCCUCAGUGACACCGGCUUCAUGCUGUGUGACGACUACAGCUCCAGCCCAGGUGAACCCAAAUUCCUCCCCCUGACCCGCAGCGACACCCCUGACUCCCUGUCCAGCACGCCUCCGUCCCGGGACAUCAGCGACCCCUGUGGCUACAUGAUAAUGGAGGGCGCGAACGGCGGCAGGGUUCUCGCUGGUGGCGAUCUGGCGUUUGACAAGGCUUACAGGAAGCGGACGCACUCCCUCACCACGCCGCGUCAACAGAGGGUGGUGGCGCCGCUGUCCUCCGCCUCCCUGGAUGAGUACACGCUCAUGAGGAUGGCGCACGGGCAGAACUCUCACUCCGCCUCGCCCAAGGUGUGCUACCCCGAGGAUUACGGAGACAUUGAAAUCGGUUCCUCCAGGAGCUCCAGCAGUAACCUUGGCGACGAUGGCUACAUGCCAAUGACGCCAGGUGUAGCACCCCAGUCUGGAAAGGGAGACAACUACGUGCCCAUGAGCCCCAUGUGUGUCUCGGCACCCAAGCAGAUUGUGAACCCCAGGGUGCACCCUCAGGCGGGGGCCGGCGGCGGCGGCGGCGGCUACAAAACCAACUCCCCCUGCAGCAGCUCUCUGGAGGACAACGGCUACAUGAGAAUGUGGUGUGGCUCCAAAUCCUCCAUGGAGAGCCCGGACAGACAUGGCGAAUACAUGAACAUGUCACCCGGAAACCCUCCUCCACUCCAGACCCCCCCUGACUACUACUUGGGCCUGCUGGCCGGUGAACCUGCGCCGGUGAGGUCGGCUUACCAGGGCGGCUCCCUCACGCUGCCCGCCAAGCUGCAGGCGUCAAAGAACGAAGAUGGCUGCCAGUAUGUGUUGAUGAGCCCUCAGAGCGUGAGGCAGAGGGCGGGGGAGUCCGACUAUUAUUCGGUGAUGCAGCCCAGCGCCGCUCAGACCUCGCCGCUGAGCCCCUCGGUCCCCUCUCCCGUCAGACACGGCCGGGUGGAGAACCUGGCGUACAGGGGGAGGCUGGGCCGGCCCAACAGGCUUUCCCUGGACACCCUGAGGACCCUGCCCAGCAUGAAUGAACACCCCCUGCCCGGUGAGCCGCGGAGCCCCGGGGAGUACAUUAACAUUGACUUCAGCUGCACCAGAUUCUCCCCACCCUCCAUUGUAUCCACAGAGAGCCAGUCUUCAUCUCUGGGCUCCGGCGGCGGCGGCGGCGGCGGUGGUGGCGGCCCAGGGAGGUCCUCCCUGACUGACUACAUCAACCUGGAGCUGGCGUCACACUCCCCCAAGGAGGUUAACACUCCUUCUGCACGCCCCGUGUUGUCCAUGUGCCCCUGCUCUGAGGAGGACGGCGUUUACCAGACGGGGUCUCAGGGCCUCGGCAGCGAGAUGAAAAAUGACUACACCGAGAUGACGUUCGGGAUGACCAGCUCGCCGCCACAGCUUGUUCCUCAGAACACAGCGAGCAGCCAGAGGAGGCUCUCUCUGGAGGACCAGGGAGUCCCAGAAAGCAUUGGGGUCUUCCUGCUUGGGGCCACCUCUUCCCCCACAGUGGACCCCGACUGCUCCGCCAAGGUGAUCCGGGCCAAUCCGCAGGGACGCCGGCGCCACAGCUCCGAGACCUUCUCCUCCACCGCCACCGUGACGCCGGUCUUUCCCUCCUUCGCCCGGGGCGACGCGGUGAAGAGGCACAGCUCCGUGGAGAACAUCUCGUCCCGGAGCAGCGAGGGCUCCGACGAGGAGUACGGCAGCCCGGUGAACCGGCAGAGCUCGGCCGGCUACCCCAACGGACUGAACUACAUCGCCUUGAACCUGCUGGACAACAGGGACGUGGAGAAGUGCGAAGACCUGGUUGGCUUCAAACCCACCAGCAGCUGCAAAGGGGGUAUCAAUGGAUUACACAGCACGCCAUAUGUCUGUUUGGGAUUCAAAGAGGCUGCCACCACUGCCAAAGACUGAGCGACUCCUCCGUCCUCUGACUUGGCGUCUUCACCAACCUGCUGCUCGAAUUUAAAAAACGUUGCCCUUCCAUUGGGCUCUGUGGCCCUAAAAGACUGUCUGGACCCUCAACAAACACACACACACACACACACACACACACACACGGAAACACACGCUUAGGAAACAAGCAUGCCACCAUCUAUGCAUGUCAUGAGUUUGCUAAAGGCAGGACAAGUGUGUUUGUGUUUUGUGUGUGUGCGUGUCUCAUGCGCUUUCCGAGGCCAUUGGCCAUUGGGGCUCCCGUGACCCAAAUUUUUGGCACAAGCACAGAAGCGAAGAUAGUCAGACAACAACAAAGCUCUCAUGGUACCCAGAUGUUAUUUAUUUACUUGAGGGUAGUUUGAUGACUACCUGUAUGUGUGCGAGUGUGUUUCUGAGAAAGUAUGACCAACUGGUAUGUCAGUGAACAAGGAAACCUACUAUAGACACGGCCCAGGGAGCAAGGAUACCAAGGUACACUGAGUAUAUAAUUAUAUUUAGAUUAGAUAUUUUAUUUAUUUUUGGAAGAUGAAUGUCUGAUAAGACCUACCCGAUGCCUUAAUGUCUAUAUUGUCCUUAUGUUUUCUAUGAAAUGACAGAUAAAUAUUCUAUUACGGUAUGUCUGUUUGGACCUACAUCUCUAUAUUGUUAUUCUCUUGUGGAAAGUAAAAAGCCUAGUUUACCAUUAAAAUAUAUUAUUUCAGAAAUGUACAGUACAGUGGGGCUGCUUGAGAGCUGAUUUAUCGUAUUGAUAUUAAAGUAUUUUCUUAAUUACUAAUUUCUUAUUUAUUCUAACCUAGUUUAUUUUUUUGUCCAAUCAAAACGCUGGACUUAAAGAAAUAUAUUUCUAAAUGUCUCUAAGAGUUAUGCAUGUCUCUAUAACUCAGCUCAGACCCCACAACACCAGGCAUCUGAAUGCACUGUACCUCCCACAGUUCCUCAGUCACUUGAGCCUGAAAACCUCACACACUCCUACCUUCAAACCUACAGCCUGCUGUUUAGCUCAGCGCCGGCUGCCCUGCUGUGAUAUCAUUUGAUGGUACAACUGUCUAGCUGAGGUGAUAACGGAGGGGGU